UUAGAGGACAGCGAGUUAGAGGACAGCCAGUUAGAGGGCAGCCAGUUAGAGGGCAGCCAGUUAGAGGACAGCGAGUUAGAGGACAGCCAGUUAGAGGGCAGCCAGUUAGAGGGCAGCCAGUUAGAGGGUCAGCCAGUUAGAGGGCAGCCAGUUAGAGGGCAGCCAGUUAGAGGGCAGCCAGUUAGAGGGUCAGCCAGUUAGAGGGCAGCCAGUUAGAGGGCAGCCAGUUAGAGGGUCAGCGAGUUAGAGGACAGCCAGUUAGAGGGUCAGCCAGUUAGAGGGCAGCCAGUUAGAGGGGCAGCCAGUUAGAGGGCAGCCAGUUAGAGGGGCAGCCAGUUAGAGGGCAGCCAGUUAGAGGGCAGCCAGUUAGAGGGCAGCCAGUUAGAGGACAGCCAGUUAGAGGGCAGCCAGUUAGAGGGCAGCCAGUUAGAGGGCAGCCAGUUAGAGGACAGCCAGUUAGAGGGCAGCCAGUUAGAGGGUCAGCCAGUUAGAGGGUCAGCGAGUUAGAGGACAGCGAGUUAGAGGGUCAGCCAGUUAGAGGACAGCGACUUAGAGGGGCAGCCAGUUAGAGGGGCAGCCAGUUAGAGGACAGCCAGUUAGAGGGUCAGCCAGUUAGAGGGUCAGCCAGUUAGAGGGUCAGCCAGUUAGAGGGCAGCCAGUUAGAGGGCAGCCAGUUAGAGGGUCAGCCAGUUAGAGGACAGCCAGUUAGAGGGGCAGCCAGUUAGAGGGUCAGCCAGUUAGAGGACAGCGAGUUAGAGGGGCAGCCAGUUAGAGGACAGCCAGUUAGAGGGCAGCCAGUUAGAGGGGCAGCCAGUUAGAGGACAGCCAGUUAGAGGGUCAGCCAGUUAGAGGGUCAGCCAGUUAGAGGGUCAGCCAGUUAGAGGGCAGCCAGUUAGAGGGCAGCCAGUUAGAGGGUCAGCCAGUUAGAGGACAGCCAGUUAGAGGGGCAGCCAGUUAGAGGGUCAGCCAGUUAGAGGACAGCGAGUUAGAGGGGCAGCCAGUUAGAGGACAGCCAGUUAGAGGGCAGCCAGUUAGAGGGCAGCCAGUUAGAGGGUCAGCCAGUUAGAGGGUCAGCCAGUUAGAGGGUCAGCCAGUUAGAGGACAGCCAGUUAGAGGGGCAGCCAGUUAGAGGGUCAGCCAGUUAGAGGACAGCGAGUUAGAGGGGCAGCCAGUUAGAGGACAGCCAGUUAGAGGGCAGCCAGUUAGAGGACAGCCAGUUAGAGGGCAGCCAGUUAGAGGGGCAGCCAGUUAGAGGGGCAGCCAGUUAGAGGGCAGCCAGUUAGAGGACAGCCAGUUAGAGGACAGCCAGUUAGAGGGCAGCCAGUUAGAGGACAGCCAGUUAGAGGACAGCCAGUUAGAGGGCAGCCAGUUAGAGGACAGCCAGUUAGAGGGUCAGCCAGUUAGAGGGGCAGCCAGUUAGAGGGUCAGCCAGUUAGAGGACAGCCAGUUAGAGGACAGCCAGUUAGAGGGUCAGCGAGUUAGAGGGGCAGCCAGUUAGAGGGGCAGCCAGUUAGAGGGCAGCCAGUUAGAGGGUCAGCCAGUUAGAGGGCAGCCAGUUAGAGGGUCAGCCAGUUAGAGGACAGCCAGUUAGAGGGUCAGCCAGUUAGAGGGCAGCCAGUUAGAGGGUCAGCCAGUUAGAGGGGCAGCCAGUUAGAGGGCAGCCAGUUAGAGGGUCAGCCAGUUAGAGGGUCAGCCAGUUAGAGGGCAGCCAGUUAGAGGGCAGCCAGUUAGAGGGUCAGCCAGUUAGAGGGUCAGCGAGUUAGAGGACAGCGAGUUAGAGGGUCAGCCAGUUAGAGGACAGCGACUUAGAGGGGCAGCCAAUUAGAGGGUCAGCCAGUUAGAGGACAGCGAGUUAGAGGGGCAGCCAGUUAGAGGACAGCGAGUUAGAGGGGCAGCCAGUUAGAGGGGCAGCCAGUUAGAGGACAGCCAGUUAGAGGGUCAGCCAGUUAGAGGGUCAGCCAGUUAGAGGGUCAGCCAGUUAGAGGGCAGCCAGUUAGAGGGCAGCCAGUUAGAGGGUCAGCCAGUUAGAGGACAGCCAGUUAGAGGGGCAGCCAGUUAGAGGGUCAGCCAGUUAGAGGACAGCGAGUUAGAGGGGCAGCCAGUUAGAGGACAGCCAGUUAGAGGGCAGCCAGUUAGAGGGCAGCCAGUUAGAGGGUCAGCCAGUUAGAGGGUCAGCCAGUUAGAGGGCAGCCAGUUAGAGGGGCAGCCAGUUAGAGGACAGCGAGUUAGAGGGGCAGCCAGUUAGAGGACAGCCAGUUAGAGGGCAGCCAGUUAGAGGGCAGCCAGUUAGAGGGUCAGCCAGUUAGAGGGUCAGCCAGUUAGAGGGUCAGCCAGUUAGAGGACAGCCAGUUAGAGGGGCAGCCAGUUAGAGGGUCAGCCAGUUAGAGGACAGCGAGUUAGAGGGGCAGCCAGUUAGAGGACAGCCAGUUAGAGGGCAGCCAGUUAGAGGGCAGCCAGUUAGAGGGCAGCCAGUUAGAGGGGCAGCCAGUUAGAGGGGCAGCCAGUUAGAGGGCAGCCAGUUAGAGGACAGCCAGUUAGAGGGCAGCCAGUUAGAGGGCAGCCAGUUAGAGGACAGCCAGUUAGAGGACAGCCAGUUAGAGGGCAGCCAGUUAGAGGACAGCCAGUUAGAGGGUCAGCCAGUUAGAGGGGCAGCCAGUUAGAGGGUCAGCCAGUUAGAGGACAGCCAGUUAGAGGACAGCCAGUUAGAGGGUCAGCGAGUUAGAGGGGCAGCCAGUUAGAGGGGCAGCCAGUUAGAGGGCAGCCAGUUAGAGGGUCAGCCAGUUAGAGGGCAGCCAGUUAGAGGGUCAGCCAGUUAGAGGGGCAGCCAGUUAGAGAACAGCCAGUUAGAGGACAGUCAGUUAGAGGACAGCCAGUUAGAGGACAGCCAGUUAGAGGACAGCCAGUUAGAGGGCAGCCAGUUACAGGGUCAGCCAGUUAGAGGGGCAGCCAGUUAGAGAACAGCCAGUUAGAGGACAGUCAGUUAGAGGACAGCCAGUUAGAGGACAGCCAGUUAGAGGACAGCCAGUUAGAGGGUCAGCCAAUUAGAGGGUCAGCCAGUUAGAGGGGCAGCCAGUUAGAGAACAGCCAGUUAGAGGGCAGCCAGUUAGAGGGUCAGCCAGUUAGAGGGCAGCCAGUUAGAGGACAGCCAGUUAGAGGGGCAGCCAGUUAGAGGGCAGCCAGUUAGAGGGGCAGCCAGUUAGAGGGCAGCCAGUUAGAGGGGCAGCCAGUUAGAGGGCAGCCAGUUAGAGGGCAGCCAGUUAGAGGGCAGCCAGUUAGAGGGACAGCCAGUUAGAGGGCAGCCAGUUAGAGGGUCAGCCAGGUAGAGAGUCAGCCAGUUAGAGGACAGCCAGUUAGAGGGUCAGCCAGUUAGAGGACAGCCAGUUAGAGGGGCAGCCAGUUAGAGGGUCAGCCAGUUAGAGGACAGCCAGUUAGAGGGCAGCCAGUUAGAGGACAGCCAGUUAGAGGGCAGCCAGUUAGAGGGCAGCCAGUUAGAGGACAGCCAGUUAGAGGACAGCCAGUUAGAG